GUUGUCAGUCGGUCCCUACCGCACACCGCAAAAGACGACAAAGCUCUUUGCUGGAGUCGAGGGCUCGGCCUUUUUUUUCUGUCCUUUUUAUUUCUCCUUCGUUUACUAGUGAGUCCGCUCAAUUUCCACCCAAUUCAGUAACGCACUUAACUAGCCUGACGUCUAGCGGAACCUUUGUGACCACGGAACCAAAAUGCUGUACCGCGCUGGGAGGCAGAGGACUUUUUUGGCAAAGAACCACCGAGUCUCUGAGAAGGGUUGGUCGGGACAGUUCCGGCGGGAGAACGCGGCAGUGAGGUCUUCGUCUUCAUCGCCUGAUAUGCACCGACAGAAUUUUCGACCUCCGACUCCUCCCUACCCCGGCGCGGGUGUAGGAAGUUGGGGUAGCGGGAGCAGCUUCCGGGGUACCCCGGGCGGAGGCGGACCACGGCCGCCCUCCCCUCGGGACGGGUACGGGAGUCCGCACCACACGCCGCCGUACGGGCCCCGGUCUAGGCCCUACGGGAGCAGCCACUCUCCGCGACACGGCGGCAGCUUCCCGGGGGGCCGAUUCGGGUCUCCGUCCCCUGGCGGCUACCCUGGCUCCUACUCCAAGUCCCCCGCGGGGUCCCAGCAGCAAUUCGGCUACUCCCCAGGGCAGCAGCAGACCCACCCCCAGGGUUCUCCAAGGACAUCUACACCAUUUGGAUCAGGGCGUGGUAGAGAAAAAAGAAUGUCUAAUGAGUUGGAAAGUUAUUUCAAGCCUUCAAUGCUUGAAGACCCUUGGGCUGGCCUAGAACCAGUAUCUGUAGUGGAUAUUAACCAACAGUACAGCAAUUCUCAAACAUUCACAGGCAAAAAAGGAAGAUACUUUUGUUAACAUUUCUGAAAUUCACCCGGAAGCUUCUUGUGACAGGAACAUCUUGGACAAAACUUUACUUUUACUUGUGUAAUUAAGUUGAACCCUAGGAUGGUGACUUUGAAUAAUUAGUUGGGUCUUCUUGGUAUUUUUCAUCAUAUCAAGUAUUGUUGAUAAUAGAGAAGACAAGGUAGAAUAAUUUGCAAUAUUUAGCCCUUUGGAAGUGCCUACCACAUUUUAGAAGAUUUACAGAUUCCAGAUAUUACCGUUCAUGGUUAUAUAAUGGACAUUUGUCUUUCCAAUGGUUUUUCCAAUGUUUUAAAAUAAAACAUUUUGUCUUUCUAGAUAUAUUGUGGUUUUGUCAUAUGCUAAAGAAGUAGAAUUAUCAAAAUAAUGCCUGUAAUCACUUGCUUAGAAUUCAUAGAUAAAUAUUUUGCAUACUACUUUGAAAAUUAAAUAAACCAUCCUUUGAGCUGUAGCUAGUUCUAUAUUUGUUCAUAGGGAAAGCAGGUGAAGGAUGAGAACAGAAGAGAAUUCUAUUCAUAUUUAUUAAAGCCAUGUUCUUUGUGCAUAUUUAUGUAAUGCUUUUGUAAAAAUGCAUUGAAACUUGAUUGAAAGUCACAGAAACCCACUUACUCUUAAGUAAAAAAGAGGGUAUUCUUUUUAUACUCA